AUGAAUAAAGAACCAAAACCUCGUGUUAGAAAACGUGUGACGCACAUUGUUACUGACAACAAAGAUAGGCAUAAUUAUGGUAGUGAGAAGCCACUCUUUAUCUACUGUUGUAUCUGUGGUCAAAUGGCUCUCAUUUUGGACUGCCCUAUUGAAAAACUCCCUGAAAGGCCUCGGGACAAAGCGAAGGUCAUUGACGUCAGAAAGCGCGCCCAUAAAGUGAUAGCAACUGAAGCUAGUGCAUCUAGCUGUGUCUACAUUCGUUGGUCUGAUGGUAUUGAAAAACAAUUUCGCCGAUAUUGUAAAAGUUGCAGCCUUCUUCUUUUCUACCGUCACAGUGUAAAAAAUCACGUGGCUGAAUUUAUAGUUCACAAUGCACUGACCCCCCAAGAAGGUAAUAUCGGCCUUUCAGCAUCGGCAUUGGCAACAAGAACAGCGAAGUUGGACGGAACUGACGCCGGAGAGGCAAAUGUAAAGCUUCUAACAGCGUUGGCAUCACAGGCUGAAGCUAUGGCGCAACAGAAUGGUUCUAUGCCGCCUCCGGUCAACCCCCUAUCCUAUCUGAAUUCAUCUGGUUCAAAUGGUUCAAAAUUGAGACGGUCAGUUCAGCAGCAAGAGACAACUCAAGGUGUCGAUACUGCCGUUACAGUGUCUACAAUAGAGGACGAGGAGGAGGAGGCUGAGGCGAGAGAAGUUGCUGAUUCCUACGCUGCGAACGUACGGGUCAUUGAAGCUCAAAUGAUUCGUCGGGGUAUCAUCAAAAGGCGUUUGGUGGAUGAGGCAAACGAACAAGCGGCAAAGCGUAGGGUGCGUGGUACACUCAUUGAAAAGUAG